AUGUCCAUCCCUCAGCAGCAGCACACAAUUGCUCCCCCAUCCUACACUCCUGCAGCCCCGGCAAACAAGAAGGGCUACAGCGCCAUCCCUCAAUCCGAUGCUGAGGGUAGCGCAGCACCGGCCGGGUAUGCCGCCCCCGAGUACGGCUUCGAUCCAGAGGCGCCGCGUACCGAUGGGGAUGCGGAGAGCGAUGACUUCAAGUAUGGUGUCACCGUAGAUCAGUGUAGUGCUGAGAUCAGGAUGCAGUUCCUCAAGAAGAUCUAUUCGGUCCUCUUCAUCCAAGUACUGGGAACCGCUAUCGUAGGCGCGAUCAUGAGCACGGAGAACAUCUCCCUUUGGGUUCGAGAGAACCAAUGGGCAUUCAUCGCUCCAUCCUUUGCCUCCCUUAUCGUCAUGGGGUUCCUCUUUUGGAAGCGCCACUCACACCCGCUGAACUUGGGUUUGCUCGGCCUCUUCACCCUACUGGAAUCCCUCUCCCUCGGCGCAGUCUGCUCCUACGUCGACAGCCACGUAGUCCUCCAGGCCUUGCUCAUCACUACCUUUGUCUUCCUCGGCUUGACCCUCUACACCUUCCAGUCCAAGCGAGACUUCAGCGGUAUGGCGCCUUGGCUCUUCGGUGGUCUCCUCUUCCUCGUUGGAGGCGGGCUGGUUCAGCUCUUCGUGCCUUUCAGCCAUACAGUGGAUAUGCUCAUGGCCGGAGCAGGCACGCUCGUCUUCUCGGGCUACAUCGUCUUCGAUACUUACAUGAUCACCAGGCGACUCAGCCCGGAUGAGUGGGUACUGGGAGUCAUCUCGCUCUACCUCGACAUGAUCAACCUCUUCCUGUCGAUCCUGCGACUCCUCAAUGGAAACCGGGACGACUAGGCGGGAAAGACGGCCACAAUCGCUUCACACACUCUGCUUUGCUCCUCUCUGUUGUUCUUGAUACGCUAUGAUCAAAUUUGACUCGAU